UUGGCCCGAUGGAUCAAUGCACCAACGACUGGCCUUGAUCUUAUGACUGAAAACAUCUUGCGAAACCAUAACGGCCAAUUUCGCGGCAAAUGGCAACUGGGCGUACGCACGUACCGCUCGACACUCAAUGAACACAAAGCCAACGCGCCCUCGGAACGUACAAUGUGUGCCCUGACCAUGAGCGAGAACGUCUUUGUUCUCAUCGAUGAUCCACAUGCUCCGACGCCUGCAGAUUUGGCCCUGGAAUCUUCUGUGAUUCCCACAAAUCCUCCUCACUAUCGCAACACUUUCCUCACUCUCAGCCCUCCAGGCGCUUUGGAGCAACUCCUGACGCUUCUUCAUGCUCGGUGGAUCCCGACAAGACAAGCCGCUUCUGGCGUUGCUCAGCAGAGACAAGCAUCUGGUCAACAACUUUCUAUUGAAGGUCACAUCUUUGCCAUCGGAAAUGAUUGGAUUGUCCGUGCAGGGCACGUUAUCCUGGCAGGCGGCACUGUGAAGGGCAUGCUCUUGGAGGCCGAGUAUCUCCCGGUUCCCGCCAUGAGAUCCCGCUCAUCCGGCGACCCAUCCGAACCCGCCCAAACUGUUGAACUCAUCUCAAACCUUCUCCUCUCAGUCCUGCCGAAUAUCAGCGAAGCGAAAAUAGUUGCUGUCACUAUCAGCGAUGCCCAAUGGCAGGACGUCCUUUGGGAUAGAGAGGCAGAAGAGAACGCAGCUCGUGAGGCAGAGAAGGAACCAAAACCCACAGACGACAUAUAUGCCGUUGGGGAUGACGACGUUUCCACUCAUAGGAAAGGCGAUUGGGUUGGAGUUGAUAGGGACCGUAGGUCAGCCUACCUGAUCAUCGGCGCGCUGAAAUCAGAAGGCCUUAUAUAA